GGCGCCUCGAGCGCGGCCGGAACUGAAGCUGGGCUCGGGCGGCCGGGAGGCGGGGGCCACGUCAGCGGGGCGGCGGGCGCCAUGCGGCGGGGCGCAGUCCUGGCGGGCGCCCUGGCGGCGUACGCCGUCUACCUGGUGCUGGGCGCGCUGCUGGUGGCGCGGCUGGAGCGGCCGCACGAAGCCCGCCUCCGGGCCGAGCUGGAGACGCUGCGCGAGGAGCUGCUGCGGCGCAGCCCGUGCGUGGCCGCCCCCGCCCUGGACGCCUUCGUGGAGCGGGUGCUGGCGGCCGGGCGGCUGGGGCGCGCCGCGCUCGCCCACGCCUCGGGGCCCGCCAACGCCUCGGAGCCCGCCUGGGACUUCGCCUCGGCGCUCUUCUUCGCCAGCACGCUGGUCACCACCGUGGGCUACGGGUACACGACGCCGCUGACCGACGCAGGCAAGGCCUUUUCCAUCGCCUUCGCGCUGCUGGGCGUGCCGGCCACCAUGCUGCUGCUCACGUCCGCGGCCCAGCGCCUGUCGCUGCUGCUCAACCGCGCGCCCCUGUCCUGGCUCACCCUGCGCUGGGGCUGGGACUUCCAGCGGGCGGCCCGCUGGCACCUGGUGGCCCUGCUGGGAGUCGUCCUGACCGUGUGCUUCCUGGUGCCAGCCGCCGUCUUUGCGCACCUGGAGGAGGCCUGGAGCUUCCUGGAUGCCUUCUACUUCUGCUUCAUCUCCCUGUCCACCAUCGGCCUGGGCGACUACGUGCCCGGAGAGGCCCCCAACCAGCCCUACCGGGCCCUUUACAAGGUGCUGGUCACAGCUUACCUCUUCCUGGGCCUGGUUGCCAUGAUGCUGGUGCUGCACACUUUCCGCCGGGUGUGUGACCUGCACGGCCUCACACAGCUCAUCCUGUUGCCCAGCCCAUGUCCCGCCAGCUCCAGAGAGGAUGAGGAUGACCCGGUGGACGCUGUGGGGCCCCAGCCAGAACCGCACCAGCAGCUCACGGCUGACUCCCACCCUGACUACGCCUCUAUCCCCAGGUAGCUGGGGCAGGCACUCCGAGGCUGGCUGGACCCGGCCUGCUCAGGGGCCCACGUGACUGGUGCUGCUAUACUGGACCGGCCUCGAGCACAGGCCCGGGUUCAGGGGGGUUCGAGGGGCAUUGCCACCAGCCGUCCGUCCUUCAUUUUCCCUGUCCCAGACUCCACUGGGCACCACCACUGUCUUGUCCCCACCCCCCUUCUCUGACUCAGCCACUCUUCACCCACCCAUUCAGGCAGGCUCUGGGCUCACACCUCAUCUCGGGCACCCGAUUGGUCACUAUACUUUGGGUAAGUGGCUGCCCCUGUCUGAGCUUUGGUCUUCUCAUCUGUCACAUGGAAAGAACCUACUCACUAUCUCAAACCCCCUCCUUUGCGCAGGCCCCAGGCCAGGCAGUGCUAGGGACACAGUAGUGGUUGAGAUGGCCCUGGCCCCUGCUCUCAUGGGUUCCUAUUCCAGCGAGGAAGACAGACCUGUCCUCCCACAGUGGCAGCCCAGGACAGGCAGGGACUUCAGUGGAGGAGGCAGAGAGGUCAGCAGCGUAUUAGAGAAAGUGCAGGCAGAGAGGUCAGGGCUAAGGUGGAGGAAGCUCCAGAACUGUGCCCAAUCCAGCCUGCAAGGUCAGGGAGGGCUUCCUAGAAGAAAGGGUAAUAUCUCAGGGGAAGAAGGUGGACCUGACUUGUUUUCUUCAAGUGUCUUUAUGGAGCAAGAUCCGUGUGGAGAGCCUGGGGUAGGCCUGUAGAACAGAGCCCUCCUCAGCAGCCUGGCAGGCAGGAAGCUGAGACAGGACCCUGCCUGGUUCCGCAUGGCACCGACGGCUCUGCUUUGAGCCGGGACACCAUGGUGACAGCUGUUCCCAUUUGCCGAGGACAAAUUGCAUAACAUACACUGGGCUCUGGAGCCAGCCUGCUUGGGCUCAGAUCCCAGCUCGGCUGUGUCCUGCCUCUGACCCUGGGCAGUCACUUCACCUCUGUGAUUCUGAGUUUCCUCGUCUGUAGAAUGGCCACAGUAACUGUAGUUACUUCAAAGAUGAUGCCACAGAGCCAGCCACGUUAUUCUGCGAUGCUUUCUUCAGCCAGGUCCUCUUCUGGGUUCUUUACGUAAGACUGAUUUUCUCUUCACUGCCCCCAGAUUUGCCUCCUCCCCAAGUGGCACCUGCUGCCACCUGCUGUCAGUAAUGGCACCUGCUUCCAUGCACCCAUCUGGUGAACCAUUCCCUCUACCAGGACGGGUGGGAGUUACAGAAGGGAUGGGCAUUUGAAGGGGGCCUGGAUAACAUUCAGGAAAAAAGGUCAUGAGAGGCCUCCAGGCAGAAAGUACUGUGCAAGGUACUGUGUGCAUAGGGAGGUAGGAAAGCAUGUCGAGUGUCAGCUUCUUACAGGUUGUUUACGGUGACUGGCCUCCGGGGUGAAGGGGGGAAGGAGGGGGCGGAGUGGUGGACAUAGUUGCAUCUUCAGUGUCCUUAAAUGACCAUGUUGGGACCUUGGCCUCUUUCUUGAGGGCCCUAGAGAGCCAUGGAAAGUUUCUGAGCAGGAGAGGGCUGCGGUUAGGUUUGGGCUUGAGCUGCUGUGAGGAGGUAGACUAGGUGGGGAGAUUGAGGCUGUGUGCGGUUUAUGGGGACUGGGGGAGUGGGGGCCGUGCUGGCACAGCCACAGAGCAGGAAACUGAGGGCCUGGGCAGGGUUAAGGGAAGGGGGGGCAGUGGAGGUCAUGCUCAGGAAGCCAAGCGGACAGGCCCUGUGUAGG